AUGAGUCCAUGGCUUUGGUGUUCGCCUGUCAACAGCUACUGAGACUGACGCAAGCUAGCGGAGGCAGGGGGACUGGCACGGAGCAGAACAAGCCCCUCAGCAGACAAUUGGAACAGGAAGCAAGGAAGGAAAGGGUCUUUCACCCAGAGGAAGACUGGCAAACUCAUUGGGAUUGUGACAAGACAGCCACACAGUAGCUCCGGGGACCAAGCAUUGUCCACUGAAGAUCUGAAGAUGAACAACACCCUGUCAAACACUUCCAUCAAGUGUGUUCGGGACACCAGUGUCACAGCUGUGAUUUUCCCCUGUCUAUACAGCAUCCUCUUCGUAGUUGCCCUGAUCCUGAAUUCCCUGGCUGCAUGGAUCUUUUUCAGCAUCCCCAGCUCCUCAACAUUUGUGGUCUUUCUUAAAAAUGUGGUGGUGGCUGACUUGCUGAUGACCCUGACCAUCCCUCUGAGAGUCUUAAGUGAUGCAGGUGUGGGUCACUGGCAACUACGCGCCUUCCACUGCCGAUACUCUGCCGUUCUCUUCUACAUCACCAUGUACAUCAGCAUCCUCUUGCUGGGCCUCAUCAGCCUGGACCGCUACCUGAAGAUAGUCAGGCCGCCCGGGAAGUGUGCCCUGCAGCGGGUUCGUGUUGGUCAGGCGCUGAGCGCUGCUGUCUGGGCGGUCAUGUUGUCUUUAGCGUUACCCAACGUUAUCCUGAGUGACCAGCCGCCACGGGUCUCUGGAGGCAGACUGAAGUGCACCUCCAUGAAGAGCAAAGCCGGCCUUCUCUGGCACGAAGGAUUCAACUACUUCUGUCAGGUGGUUUUCUGGGGCACGCUGGCCUUGAUGGUGGUUUGCUACACGUUCAUCAGCAAGAAGGUUUAUGAGUCAUACAAAGCCUCAAAGAGCAAAUCUCAAGCAGUCAGUCGCAGAACCAAGGCAAAAGUUUUUGUGGUGGUGGGGGUGUUUUUCAUCUGCUUUGCCCCAUUUCACUUUGCCCGCGUUCCCUACACUCUGACACAAACUGGCAUGGUGAGCCAUUGCCAGGCCCAGAAUGCUCUCUACAUCGCAAAGGAAACCACCCUGUGGCUGUCGGCCACUAAUGUGUGUCUGGACCCACUUAUCUAUGUGUUCCUGUGUAAGGUGUUCAGUAAAAGACUGGCAGCUGCAAUCUGCUGUAAGCCACUCUACAAAGGUGCCAUGGAUUCUCACACAGCAACAUCAACUCAAAUGGAGAUGUCACAGAUUGCCCAAAGUAACAGACUGUCAUAUAGUACAAUGGAAAAAUAAUAACUGUAACUGUCAAGGCGUGAUGAAACACCGCCUGAAAGUGUAUUUUACUUGUAAAUAGCUUUUUUUUUAUUAUGAUGACUCCGUUUUU